AUGAAAAUAUUAUAUAUAUGUGAUACAAGAUUUCAUCUUUUAAAUACGAAAGAGAAAAAAUAUUUAUAUAAAUAUUGGUCUUAUUCGUUGCAAGAUAUUCUGAAUGGUACUGAAGCGAGGGACAUCCAUUUCUGGCUUGUCUGCAUAAAUUUAAUUGACUAUAUAGACCUUAUUACAUUUUCCGAUUUAUUUAAUUAUGUAAAUGUAAAAAAUGCCAUAGAUAAAUUUUCUGAUUAUUUUCAAAUGGAUAAUGAGAAUUUAAUAAAGGAGAAUAAAUUUUAUGUCGAUCCCCUUCUUGCUUUCUUAAAAAAUGCAGACAAUACCUCAAAAAUAAAAGAAUGCGAUAAAAUAAUAAUAUUGUCAUGUAAUAUUUAUCUAUGGGAAAAAGAAAUAUCAGAGUUACAAAUUAUAGGAGAUGUAUUUUAUACUUUCAUGUGUAAAUUUUAUUUUUUCAACGUGAAAAAUAAAACAAUAGAUACUACCAAUUCAUUGGAACAUAUACAAACAAACUUGAAAAAGUACCAUAAUUUUUUUUUUAAAAAUAUUGAGCUUAAUAAAAUUGACAUUUUACAAAUAUCUAAGGAAAUUUUAUCUAUCAACUUUUCUGUUUUCUUUACAUUAAAUUUAAAAAAUGAGCUCUUGUUUAAGUGUGAGGGGUGUCCUUUGAUAAAUGAAAUAAGUUAUUCAGCUUUUGUCGGAUUAAAUACUUAUCCAGUUGAAUUUGAUAUAAGAGCCAAGGCACUGAAAGAAGGAAUAUCACAACAUCUUAUAUAUGGAAUACCUAUAUUUAUAUAUACUACAAUACAUUAUGAGACAAAUUUAAUUUCACUGGAAUCUUUAUCCAGUCAAUUAUUUGAAAAUAAACAAGUACUCAUUUUAAGAUCAAACAUAAAUCCAACAGAUUUAAAUAUGCAUGAUAAGGAUGUCCGAUUUUUGUGGGUAGCUAGUCCUAUGAUAAAGGAAGAUCAAUCCAUUAUUUUAUGUUUGCACGGGUUGUCAACACUCGAAAAUUAUUCACUCAGUAUUGAGGAAUCCUAUGCGAAUCAAAGAACAGAUAAUGAAAAGAACUAUAUAACUGAUAAGAAAUUAAAUGAAAUCUUUAAUUUUUUAAUUUUAAUUGAAGAAUUUAAUCCUUUCGACUACAGUAAUCAGAGACUCGAAUAUUCUUUCAAGUUUUCCAAAAGUUCCUUAUCAAAUAUCCUUCAAAAAACAAAUAGAACAAAGAAAAGUAAGAAGCUACUAACAAAGCUAAAAAAUAAUACAUGCCUUACUGAUAAUGAUUCACAUAAUAUAAAUAAGGAUACAGAUAUUUUGCUUGUAAAAGAAAAUCAGGAUUUAAAAAAAAAAAAAAAAAAAAAUGAAAUUACAGACCCUCGAUUUCUUCUUUUAACCAAUAUGAAUAAAGCAUUUCAAAAGAAUAUAAUAUAA